UUUGCCCUCGGCCUCCUGAAGUACCUCUGGCUACCAUCAACGUAAAUAAAGAAGCAUACAGUCCUGGAGAAGACAUUAUCUAUCAAUGUAUCCCAGGUUAUAUUCCCCAGUCUAGCUCAAGGAGAUACAUAUGUCAUUCAUCUGGUAAAUGGCCUACCGUUACAUUCAGAUGUACACCCAAGAAAUGUCCCUAUCCUGGACCCUUGAACAAUGGAGAAAUACACGUCACUGACCUCAACUACCUGAGUAUCAUAAGGUUUUCCUGUAAUACUGGGUUUGUUCUUGAAGGACCAACAAGCAGCCAAUGCCAGGCAGAUGGGAGCUGGAAUGCAAGCCUGCCUGCAUGCCAACCUGUGAUUUGCCCUCCACCUCCAGUUUCUGAAUUUGGAGCUCUCUCGUAUCAUAGAAUUGAGUCUGGAGAGGACUUUUUUUUCCAAGAGACAAUCCGAUUUAGCUGUCUGUUACCUUUGGCACUGUUUGGAAGUGAAACAGCUACCUGCCAGGCUGAUGGAAGCUGGACUGCAUUACCUGAAUGCAAAUCUGUAGAGUGUCCGCCUCCAGAACCAAUAGAACAUGGAUUCAUAAACUUUGGUCUUCGUGGUAUUUUUCAUUAUCAAAAUACUGUGCAUUAUGGUUGUUAUGCACCUUACACUAUGGAUGAAGCUUCAGAAUCAAGGUGUGAGAAAACAGGAACUUGGUCAAAUAAACCAACUUGCAAAGCACCAUGUAACAUACCAGUGGGAAAAGCAACAGUGUUAUACAAUGGGCAGAAAAUAACGGUGAAAAAACUUAAGCAUAUACAACAUGCUGAAACCAUCUGGUAUUUCUGUAAAAGUAAGACAGAGAAGUGCAGUUAUAAAACACCAACCCAAUGCAUAGAUGGUCAACUUUCAGUUCCUGACUGUUUUGAAGAAUACAACUGGAUUGCAUCCUUGUUCAAAACAGAUCCAGCAGACAUGACUCCAUGUACAAACUAACUGAAGAUAUCAUCUCCCUGUCUGCCAUCAUAUCGAGAAAGAAAUACUUAUAAAUGGAGAAUACCUUCAAGAUCACAUAUUAUUUUUUCCAAAUACAUGUACCAGCAUAUGUAGUUUACUUUGAUGUGAUUCUUUUAAUAUUUUGCUUUGCAAAUUAACCUGAUGAAACUACUAGACUGUAUUGUACUACGAUGCAUAAAACACCCGGAUACUUUUCUAGCUUUGAUUUAAUAAAACACGUAUAAACCUC